UUGGUUGGGGGACAGGAGGAGGCUGGGGAGGGGGCAAGUGGGCUCCAGCCCCACCGUUGCCACAGCCUGCCUGUCCCAUGGGGCAAUGGAGGGUGGCCCUGGGGGCAGGGGACCCACAAACAGAGGCAAAAGCUUCCUUCCUUGUGCAGGAGCUGCAGCAGGGCUCUGGGGGCUGCCCCCUGGUGCCUGUGCCUGUGUGUGUCUAUGGGGCUGUGGUGGUGAGGGGGGGUGAGGCGCCUCCCUUUUGGGCUCCUGAGGAGGAGGAAGUGGCUGAGAAGGAAGGCCCAGGAGGCGGCCAAGGAGAGGCCUCCAGGUGGGGCGCCUCAGACCCUCCUUGCAGCCCCUCUGGACGCAGCUGAUGGCCAAGGAUGGCCAUACAGAGGUCUUCACCAGCGAGGAGCCCAGGAGCCCAAGCAGAGAUGCCAAGGAGACCCCUCACGGCCUGCCAGGGGGCAACAAGGAGGACGGGGACAACGAGGAGGAUGAGGUCUUUGCCAGCCCAGAGGUCCAAGCCCCCAGCCCUACUGGCUCCCCACAUGGCAUCAGCGUGGAGGAGCUGUAUGAGCUGCUGGAGAAGCUGGGCAGCGGCCACUUUGGGGUGGUGAGGCGCUGCCGCGAGCGGGAGACGGGCACCUUCUUUGCGGCCAAGUCGGUGAAGGUGCGGAAGCGGAAGGGGAGCCGGCUGGGCCUGGACCGUGAGCAGGUCGAACGGGAGGUGGGCAUCUUGCGCCAGCUGCGCCACCCCAACAUCAUGCGCCUCCAUGACGUCUUUGCCAACAAGGCUGAGGUGGUCCUGAUCCUGGAGCUCAUCCAUGGAGGAGAGCUCUUUGACUUCAUUGCAGAGAAGGAGGCGCUGACGGAGGAGGAGGCUAUUGAGUUCCUGCAGCAGAUCCUCUGUGGGGUGACCUACAUGCACACCGAGCACAUCGCCCACUUUGACCUCAAGCCGGAGAACAUCAUGCUCUUCCAGAAGGAUGUCACCAACCCCACCAUCAAGAUCAUCGAUUUUGGCCUGGCCCAAAAGCUGGAGGAAGGUGUGGCAUUCAAAAGUCUCUGUGGGACCCCCCAGUACAUUGCUCCCGAAGUGAUCAACUACGAGGCUUUGAGCACAGCCACAGACAUGUGGAGCAUCGGUGUGAUCACAUACAUCUUGCUGAGCGGCAUGUCCCCCUUCCAGGGGGAGACGGAUGCAGAAACGCUCUCCAACGUGGUCUCCGGAAACUAUGAGUUCGAGGAGAAGUACUUCAGCCAGACCUCGGAGAUGGCCAAGGACUUCAUCCGGCAGCUUCUGGUCAAGGAUCCUGGAAACCGAAUGACAGCCAGCGAGUGCCUCAUCCACCCGUGGAUUAAGCCCCUGAACCGGAAGCAGGCCAUGAACCGGAGCCGCUCCUCUAUCAACAUGAAGAACUUCCGCAAAUUCAACGCUCGCCGAAAGUGGAAGCUCUCCUACAACAUGGUGUCUGCCUGCAACCGCCUUUGCCAGAUGGGCCUCUUGUGCCAGCAGCGGAGGGAGGAGGAGGAGAAACUGCGCGACUGUGAGAGCGACCAGGAGGACGUGGCCGCCAACCCCAUAGCCCUGCUCCGCAGGCGAAGAAGCAUCUGCUCCUGAAAAGAGGGAAGGGGAAAGCAAACAAUGCCUCCUUGUGAUGCAGCCCCGCGCCCGAUCCCACCCUUUCCCACCCCACCAGCAGAGAGGGCCAGAGGACGAAAGGGACCCACAGCCUGCGGAGCUGCUCUCUGGAGAAGCCACCAGUGGCUGGCUGUGGCCCAAGGGGCCUGAGGCAGGAGGCGCCUCUCCUCCGUAGUGCCUCCCCCAUUUUCCAGCCUUGAAUGGCCAGAAGAUAUUCCUUGCAACAAGCCAUGGCCGGGGGGUAUGUGGGGUGGGGAUGCCGUGUGUCACAUGCCAAAGGGAGUCUAAUGGGAAAUGGGGUCCACUUGGGGUCAGUGUCAGGCGGGGGGUCCUUGGGAGAUGCUCCCUCUGAGCGCAGCAGGCAGCCCCACUCUUGUCCCAUGCUUCCCCUCUUGCCAGCCUUUUAACAAGGGCCCCCGCAAUGGGCCCUUUGAAUCCCAGCCCAAGGAUUUUUGCUCCCCACUAGGGACCCCCGCCGUUUCUCCCCAAGGAUCCAGGAGAAGAGAAGCCUUGGGAGUGUGUUUGGCAGAGUGUGUUUUUAUAUGUAUGGAUAUAGUCAAAGAAAUAUUAUAUACUCA